AGAGAUAAGACCUUAAUGCCCUCAGACACCUUCCCCUGCCUAAACCCCCUCCUCCACCUCAUCCCCUGGUGUCCCCUCCAUCAGAGCCUCAUCUCAGCUCAUCCACUCUUUCUCUGGACUCUUGAAGACACAGUGACCCAUCAGCCAGGUGCCAUGAAGACUGCUCUCGCCCUGCUGCUGCUCAUCUCUCUGGCCUGCCACAGUGCUCUCUCCUGUUCUGUCUGUGAAGGCCACGCCCUCAAAUGUCACACAUGCGUGGCGUCCAAUGAGGAUGACUGCAACAGACAGGGUUCUACCUCCUGCCCUCAGUACGCCGACGCCUGCUCCACCAUCACAGGACCCAACACUGUGAUGAAGUCGUGCACGUACAAGGCUUUCUGCGACAAGGCUCACGGCGGCAGCUCUGGGGCCAAGAUGCAAUGUUGUUUUGGUGACGACUGUAACGGGCCCCACAGGAGCCACAGCCACGGAAAUCACCACCACAAUGGUGCAGGGGCUCUGGCCUCCAGCCCCGUCCUGCUGAUCACGGCCCUGCUGCUGCGCAUGGCCUUCAGUCAGUAAACACCUCUGCUUUUCUUCUCCUCCAGUGAUUCAUCAUCUCCUCCUUAUCUGUUUCAUCCAGUCAAUUGUGAUGUUGUCUUUCCAUCCACCCUCCUCUCUCUGUCAUUGGCCCCCUCAGAGAUUUUUAUUAUCCAAGUUUACAAAAAAGGAUUUGAGCGGCAGAGAGUUUCAAGUGGUUUAUGGUUUUUUUUUUUAAAGUAUUUCUGAUGACAGUGUUGGUGCAGUGAAGGAGUGUCCCAUAAAUAUAAGCUUCUAUUCAGCACCUUUGAUUGUGUCAUUUUUUUAUCAUCAUCAAAAACUUGAAUAGUAACCUACUUUUUUUCUAUAGUGGUAUGUUCACUUUCAGGUGAUGUAAAGCUGAGAGUUUGUGGGGAACAUAUGUGUACAAAGUGAAGUACACCUACUAAGGGUUUUGCUACAGACGGUGGGGCUCGGGUGUGGUUUUGGUAGGUGCUGGGGUGUCUCAGCAGUAGCUAGUGCACAGCUCGCUUGAUACCAUAGAACCACAUUAUUUAAGUAAUUUAACACCCCAAAUAUCAAAAUGUUUAAACACUUUUGUAAUUAGUGCAUGAAUUGUUCAUUUUUUGUGCAUGCAAGCUUGUCUGAAUAAAGAUACACUCCCA